AGUGAAGGCUAAACACAACAGCACAGAGCCUCCAGUCAAACGCCGGAGUCUCUGGGUGGGUUUCAGGACUUCCAAGGCUGAAGACUCUCGGCAUCGCAGUCCUCUAGUGGUGGUUGGAGUAUAGCACAGCUGUGAUUAGAGCAACUCACCCGAACGAUCGGACGACCGUGCUGACCGUUUUCAUUUGGCCAGAAAGGAGACAGUGAAAUACAGGAGUGCCGCGGGAAUAUAUACUAAUGAGGAUAUGCUAUUACUGAGGAACGUUUUUAAAGUAUUGCAUUCGUUUUGUAACACAUACAAAAGGACUACUUUAGAAAUUGAUUCUCUUGAGGGAACUUCUUGAUUUUAGACAUCAACAUGGCAGAAACCAUGGAAACAUCCCACGGCAGCUAUGCUGCAGCUCCUACAAAGAUUCCAGUCACCCCUGCCGUGGGAUAUCUUGUCAGAAUGUUCCGGGAUUACCAGAGCAAUGCGGUCAUCGUCGACCACUACAACUUUACCGGAAAGCUCAACGAGAACAAGUACACGGACGGGCUAAAACCGGUGUCCAUCGUGUUCCUGAUAAUUUGCCUGCUGAUUGUGUUGGAGAACGCUGUGGUUCUAGUGGCCAUCUGGAAGAACAAAAAGUUCCACAUGCCCAUGUACUACCUGCUGGGAAACCUGACUCUCUCCGACCUGCUGGCAGGCCUCACCUACAUGGUAAACAUCAUCACGUCAGGUGCCAACACGCUUAAAAUGACGCCCGUCCUGUGGUUUCUGAGAGAAGGCGGGGUUUUCAUCACGUUGGCCGCGUCCAUCAUCAGCCUCCUGGCCAUUGCCAUCGAACGUCAUGUCACCAUGGUGAGGAUGAAACCCUACCAGGGUGCCAAGCGCAGUCGAAUGUUCGGGUUGAUCGGUGCCAGCUGGGUGGUGUCCGUGUUCUUGGGCGUUCUGCCCAUCAUGGGAUGGAACUGUAUCGGGAUCCUGGAUCAAUGCUCCACCGUCCUGCCUCUCUAUGCCAAGAGCUUCAUCCUUUUCUGCAUUACCAUUUUCAGCGCCAUUCUGCUGGCCAUCGUGGUGCUCUACGUGCGGAUAUUCCGCAUCGUCAAGUCCAACACCCAGCGUCUGGGCACCGGCUCCCACCGCAAGAGCCUCUCCCGUAAGUCUCAGAAGUACAUGGCUCUGCUGAAGACGGUCACCAUUGUGCUCGGCGUCUUCAUCGCCUGCUGGCUGCCCCUGUUUAUUCUCCUCCUCCUGGACUUUCACUGCCCUCCGUGUAGUUGCCAGGUGCUCCUCAAAGCAGACUACUUCUUGGGCAUAGCCAUGAUCAACUCCCUGCUCAACCCAAUCAUCUACACCCUGACCAGCAAGGACAUGAGACGAGCUAUACUGAGAUUGCUCUGUAGGCAGUGUUUGAUGACCGAGGACGGUCAUAUGAAGAAGAUUGGCAUGCCUUUCCUAGACUGUAGCACCAGCAAGACAGAACUGCCGUCACACAGGCUGGAAGGGCUGGAGACUGUUUCAACUGGGACCAUUACAACGACCUAUAUCAAAGCCAUCUAUCCCAGGAUUUCAAAGACUUGAGCCUUGAGACUUGAGAUAAAGUAUUAACACUCCAGUAAGUGGCAAAAAUACGUAGAGUGGAGUUUCCAAAGACUGA